AUGCCUUGCGUUGACAAUGACCACGUGACGAUGAUGGACUCCGGCCAAGCCAUGACCCUCUGGUACGCGGAUAUAUUGAGCCCGGGCGCGGCUAACGGGGGAGGCGCGGGCGCGGAGGGGGGCUCUAGAGAUGCGCUCGACGUCCGCUACUCGCUCGCCGCACUCGCAGACGACUACACGAAGCGCAAGCACGUAGUGCGCGUGACCACCGCCGCCGGCGCAGAGCUAUUGCUACAGGCUGAGGGUGCAGCUGACGCGCAACGUUGGCUCGAGGCUUUGAGGCGUCACUCGGCCGAGCCGCCGCCAGCUGAGACGGCUCCCGCCCUCGCCCCCUCACCCGCCGCGAGCGCCCCCACCCCCGCCAACCCUGCAUCCCCCAAUGCCGCUACUGCCCCAGCCUCAGCCCCCGCCCCCGCCCCCGCAAACACUACCUCCCCGCAGCCUGAGUGCCCGUCGCCACUGCCACCGCAACGCAGCAAGAAGAUCACAAGAAAUAGAUCGCCUACCGGUCCGCCAACGCCCACUCUGCCUUCGUCGCCCAAGAACAAGACUUGGAAGGGGCGGAUGGCGAAGCAGCUGCGGCGGAUGCAGGGCGGCACGGCGACCGCGCCGGGCGCUCCGCCCCCGGUCACCGGCUGGCUCGGAGCACCCCUGGAGCGGUGCCCCACCGACCCAGAGCACCCGGGAGUGCCGCUGGCGGUCACGCUGCCCGCCACCGCCGUUGAGGCGUACGGGCUCCGCACCGUGGGCGUGUACCGCGUGCCGGGCAACGCGGGCGGCGUGGCGGCGCUCGCGGCGGCGCUGGACCGCGGCAACGCGCCGGCCGGCGACCCGCGCUGGGCCGACGUGCAUGUCGCCUCCAGCCUGCUCAAGGCCUACCUGCGCCGGCUGCCCGACCCGCUGCUCACGCACCGCCUCUACCCGGCCUUUAUCGCGGCCGACCGUUCGCCGGAGAGGGCGCGCGAGCUGCGCCGCCUGGUGCACGCGCUGCCCGAAGCGCACUACGAGACGCUCAAGUACCUGGUGCAGCACCUGCGCCGCGUGGUCGCCCACUCGGCCGCCAACAAGAUGGAGGCGCGCAACCUCGCCAUCGUGUUCGGCCCGACGCUCGUGCGAGCGGCUAGCGACGACAUGCUCGCGAUGGUCAACGACAUGUCCAGCCAGUGCCGCAUCAUAGAGUCCUUCCUCACGCACUAUGCUUGGUACUUCGAAGAGAGCGCGGGCGAACCGCCUGUGGAGGCGGCCGGCGGCGGCGACUCGCUCACCGCCGCCCAACCCUCGCGCGACCUGCUCAUACACAACGUCAAGAAGAUCGAAGGCAAAGACGUAUCGACGCGCGACAUCGUCUCGUCGAUAAUAUCGGCGGCGAACCGCAAGAUCCAGCGGAAGCCGCGCGCCAAGCCUGUCAGCCAGGCCGACAAGAAGUGGGCGGAGGCGGACAAGUCGCCGCCCGCCUCGCCGCCCCACCUCACCACCACGCUGGCCGACUACGACGGCCUGCCGCGCUUCAUGGAGCGCACGCACGACGCCGCUGACAAAAUCGAGAUAGAAACCAUGACAGCCCGAAGCCGAGGCAGGCAAGAGGUCACAAGGACACACGCACACUCUAAA